GUCCCCGUCCCUCUCCCCGUCCCGUGCGUGGGAGCGGCGUUCCCCGCAGCCUCGCUGCCCCGUCCCGUCCGGUCCCGUCGCCGCCGCGGCGGCGCGGCUCAUGAGGUGAAGAUGGUGAUCCGCGUCUUCGUCGCCUCCUCCUCGGGCUCGGUGGCGAUAAAGAAGAGGCAGCAGGAUGUGGUGAGGUUUCUGGAAGCCAACCGUAUAGAGUUUGAAGAAGUGGAUAUCACAAUGUCAGAGGAGAAGAGACAAUGGAUGUACAAAAACAUUCCUGAGGACAAACAGCCUGCAGAAGGCAACCCCCUGCCCCCCCAGAUCUUCAGUGACGAUCGGUACUGUGGAGAUUACGAUAGCUUCUUUGAAUCAAAGGAGAACAACACUGUCUUCUCCUUCCUCAGACUGAAACCUACUUUGGCAUCAAAGGAGUCAGAACCCUAGAAAGCCUACCUGAAGUGUUGACAAGCACAUCUCCUGGAUGAAUGACUCUGUUCCUCAGCACACAACAGCUUCCCUGAAGGAUCACUGUGAUAGGGCAAACCUGCAUCAUUAGUAGUAGUCUGCUUGGUGCUCUCCCAUAAUGUGGAGUUAAUAACACACCCAUAGGAAACAGGAUUAAGGCUGGGCUACUCACCUUCCUUUUCAAAAACACUCAUUGUUGAUGUUUCACUUUUGUCUUUGGGUUGCUUUGGCAGCUGGCACUCACAUUCUAACAGGUUUGAGAGGA